GACACGUUCCGGCUGGGGUUUCUCAUUUGGACGGGAUAGUGGAGGUAGAGCUGUUUCUGUCGGCUUGGCUCUAGGUCGCAGGAGAGGCGAAGCCGGAUUUGUUGCCAACGAGAACGGUGAAGGUGACGUAGGUGGAGGACGAUGGAUGAAAGUGAGUUCUUCGUCAGGAAGGGUGGUCACGGCGGCAUUGGGAUUGUUGACCAAAGGAUCUGCAGCGCGAUAUGGCGGUCUUUCCGACGUCCCUGGUUUAGGUCGUGGAUACCUGGUAGCAUAGGAACGCGUGAAAGACAGCGCGCGCACACAAAGCUGCCGUUGCAUGUCGUGAACGUCGUUUGUAACGAUGAGCUCAGGUUCGGACCUUGAAAACUCGUGCCGGGCCGGGAGUUUGGCUGACUAAGCGAGACCCAGACGCGUUCGACGCUCACCGUGAACGUCAAGCUUGUUUGUUUAUUUCUCGUUAUGCUGCGUGUGUCUCGCUGUGCGCGGCAAAUACUCCGCCCGUCGUGUCUAUUUGGUGCCGGAGCUAGAUAUGUUAGCUCUGAAUCGUCUUCUUCCUCUCAGUCACCGCCCAAAACCGCUUCGUUUGGUUUCCGAACGGUCCCUGAGGAACGCAAAGAGUCGCUCGUCAAGGAGGUUUUCGACUCUGUUGCCUCUUCAUACGACCUUAUGAAUGACGCCAGCUCUCUUGGUGUCCAUCGCCUCUGGAAAGAUGAUUUUGUGUCGAGACUUCGGCCUGGAAGGAAGGGCCCUCUGAAAUGCAUUGACGUUGCCGGCGGAACAGGCGACAUUGCGCUCCGAAUUCUUGACUACGCCAGGGAGAAGCACUACGAUAGAGAAACAACGGUGGAGGUUGUGGAUAUCAAUGGGGAGAUGCUGAAGGAAGGCUUCAAGCGUUUCAAGCAGACAAUGUAUCAUAACACCCCGCAGGUAUCAUUCCAUGAAGCAAAUGCCCAGGAACUCCCUCCCUCCCAGUUUCCUGAUAAUCAUUAUGACCUUUACACCAUCGCAUUUGGUAUUCGGAACUGCACGUCCAUUCCGGCCGUUCUCCAGGAGGCCCACCGCGUAUUGAAGCCAGGCGGAACAUUCGCGUGUCUCGAAUUCAGUAAAGUCAACAAUCCUGUUCUUAGCGCGUUGUACGAACAAUACUCGUUUUCUAUCAUUCCUCUAUUGGGGACCAUUCUUGCUGGAGACCGAAAUUCGUACCAGUAUCUGGUGGAGUCUAUCCGACGAUUUCCCCCACAGCCAGAGUUCGCGGACAUGAUUAGAGAGGCUGGUUUCAAGACCGGUGAAAAUGUGGAUGGAGGUGCAUGGACAGAUUUGUGGGGUGGUAUUGCUUGUAUACAUACCGGAGUCAAAAUUUAACGCGUCGAAUAACUGUCGACGCGAAUAUCUUCCUCUGAAAACGUACUCAACAAGUCACAACUCAUUUCAUCUGCGUCCACGCUUCGAACAUGCCGCCCCUGCCAAGCCUUGUCAGGUUCUUCCGCAAAAUA